CUCUAUAUAUAUACACCCCUUGAUCCACACUAUCCUCUGAAACACAUCCUAGUAAAAUUUUCAAAAAUGGCAAACAAUUUACUCAAUAAGAAAAAGCUUGAAGGCAAGGUCGCCAUCGUAACCGGCGGCGCCAGCGGCAUAGGCGAGGCCACCGCUCGACUCUUUGCCGAAUACGGCGCACGAGCGGUGGUGAUCGCCGAUAUCCAAUCCGAGAAGGGCCACGCCGUGGCCGAAUCCAUCGGCCUGCAGCGAUGCAGCUACAUCCACUGCGACGUCGCCGUCGAGGAACAGGUCGUGGCCAUGAUAGAAUGGACCGCCGCAACCUACGGCGGCGUCGACAUAAUGUUCAGCAACGCCGGCAUCUCCAGCAGCUCCGCUCAAAGUGUCCUGGAGUUGGACUUGGCGGAGUUCGAUCGCGUGAUGCGUGUGAACGCGCGAGGGAUGGCCGUGUGCGUGAAGCAGGCGGCGCGUAAGAUGGUGGAGCUGAGAACCGGAGGCGCUAUUAUCUGCACCGCCAGUACGGCGGCGGAGAAGGGCGGAGCUAACCUGACGGACUAUGUGAUGUCGAAGCGCGCGGUGUUGGGGCUCAUGCGGUCGGCGAGCAUGGAGCUUGGGCUGCACGGAAUUAGGGUUAACAGCGUAUCGCCGGGGGGGGUGCUGACGCCGAUAGUCGCCAAUCAUGGGAUUCUGACGGCUGCUGAUAUGGAGAAUUAUGUUGGGCCUUUCACUAGCUUGAAAGGGGUGACGCUGAAGGCAGAGAAUGUGGCGGAAGCAGCGGCAUUUCUGGCUUCGGAUGAGGCGGCGUUUGUGACGGGGGUCGAUUUGGCGGUGGAUGGUGGGAUGAUUUGCAUGCCAUUUGACGUCAUAAAAUCGAACUAAUGGGAGUUCGUGUUUGAAUAAAUAUGUUAAUGAGGAAUAAAAUCAAAUCGGAAAUUUUAAUGAAUUGUAGUAUUAGAAAUCAUGCCUUUAGAUAAGACUAGCAGUGAGAACGUGCGAUGCACGCUUAACAUAUACGAUUUUAUACUAUGAAAAUAAAUACAUAAAUAUUAUUAUAUA